AUGGGUCUGUUAAAAACAGGCGGCGAGCCCAUGCGGUGGGGGACAGAAGAAAAUAAUCGCGCCUUGCCGUAUGUCUCUUGGCAUGGGAUUCAGCAGUUAUUGACAAUGCUGAAAAGCGAACACGCAAAGAAGGUUUUUCCUUUCCGCUGGGGUGAGGAGGUGGAGCACCAACUCGUGCGCGUGGAAGGAGGGAAGGUGAAGCUUUCAUUAAACGCCGCAGAUGUGAUUCAGCGCCUUACAGAGUUUGUUGAAAAGGAAAACGUGGGCUGGCGUCCAGAGUACGGAAGUUUCAUGGUGGAAAGUGUCCCUGGGUCACCGUAUACCCUUGAAUUGGAUUCGUUAACGUCUGUUGAGGCGAAUAUAAGGCGGCGAUGUGACCUGAUGGACAGUGUUGCUGGAGACAAUGUAUUUUCCCUGACCUUGGUGACAUUUCCUCUGAUGGGCGUUGGCGAUUUUACCACUUCUGAGAGCAAGGAGUCUCCAUAUUCCCGCUCACUUUUUGUGCCGGAUGUAUGUAUCAACACCACACAUCCGCGUUUUGCGAAUUUAACGCAAAACAUUCGUCUGAGACGCGGUCGAAAAGUUUGCAUUCAAAUUCCUAUUUAUAUUGAUACGCAUACGAUGGAGCGAACCGUAGAUCCUCGACUGAAUAUUGACCGUACGCCCCAUAAUAAGGAAAUUGACUGCGGUGCGGCAGAGGCUAAGGCAUCCAAAGGCGAAAAAUUCGCGAAUGCUGUCGCGGUUGCGUUGAAAGAAGGACACGACAAGAAUAAUAACGGUGAUUCGGGAUCUCCAGACAAAGGGGAAAUGACCUACUUUUAUACUCCCGCCACACAUUACUACUAUGCACAAUAUUUUAAGAAAUCUCACAUGGAACUUGUAAAGCAGCGCUAUGAUGCAUGCCCUUGCCCAGUACCUUCAGUAUGCCAUCCAUGUAUCUACAUGGACUGCAUGGCGUUUGGUAUGGGCUGCAAUUGCUUGCAAGUCACUAUGCAAUUUGAAGGUGCGACACAGGCGCGUCACGUAUACGAUCAAUUAGGGAUUUUAUGCCCUCUUUUUCUUGCAAUGAGUUCAGCGACGCCAUUUCAAAAGGGUAUUUUGUGCGAUUCAGACGUUCGCUGGCUAACAAUUGCUGCCUCUGUUGAUGACCGCAAACGGGAGGAGGUUCCACGCAUUAUUAAAUCACGCUAUGACUCUUUUUCUAUCUUUGUAAGUUCGGCUGUGCCAAACUUGGAAGAGUUUAACGAUGAGGAGGUUGUCAUCAAUGAAGCUUACUUUGCGAUUCUUAAAGAGGCGGGUGUGGAUGAGCGCCUAGCGAAGCACGUCGCGCAUCUUUUCAUUCGUGACCCCCUGGUAAUGUACGAUCAGAUGAUUGAGAUCGAUGAUACAACGCACACGGAACAUUUUGAGAACAUUCAAAGCACAAACUGGCAGUCGGUUCGCCUCAAACCUCCUACUCUAGACGGUGACACUGGCUGGCGGGUCGAAUUUCGUGUUAUGGAUGUGAUGCCGACACCGUUUGAAAACGCGGCCUUUUCUGUCUUUGUGGUCCUGCUUACUCGUGCCAUUAUUAAAUAUAAUCCACUGUUCUACACCAAGCUGAGCAUUGUUGACGAAAACAUGGGCUACGCACACAACCCUAACCCUUGCUCCCAAAGCUACGUUAUGCGGCGUGACAUCUUUUCUAAGAAAAUCUCGACUGAUCCCUCUGAAAACGGCGAAUUCACCGUUGACGAAGUGUUUAAUGGGAGAAAGGAAGGAUAUUAUGGCUUGAUUCCUCUUGUGCGACGAUACAUGGAAGAGGAAAAGUUGCAAAGCCCCAUACUGGAGGGCUACCUUCGUUUUCUUUCAAUGCGAGCCGCAGGAGAAAUUCCUACGGCUGCGCAAUAUUUGAGAGAAUUUGUUAUGCGGCACCCCGAUUAUAAACAGGAUUCCAGGUUAACGCAGCAGAUUGCGCAUGAUUUGGUGUUGCACGUACGCAAACUCGCGCGCGGGGAAGUCGCAGACGAGCGUUUCCUCCCCAUGACCAAGUUCAGAGGGAAAAGGCGCCGUGAGUAA